GGUUGAUCCUCAGGAGCAGCUCUAUGGGAAGCAGCUGAUCCUGGCUGACAGGGAUCUAGUGGAACUUGGAGCAGAUGAGAUCCUGAAAGAUGCUGAUGUGGAGGACGUUGGGUUCCUGGUGGUGGGCGAUCCAUUCGGAGCAACCACCCACAGUGACCUGGUCCUGAGAGCAGUGAAUGCUGGGAUACCGUAUAAAGUUAUCCACAACGCCUCCAUCAUGAAUGCUGUGGGCUGCUGUGGUCUGCAGCUGUAUAAUUUUGGGGAGACGGUGUCGUUGGUGUUUUGGACGGAGACGUGGAGACCAGAGAGUUUCUACGACAAAAUCUGCAAAAACAGAACAGCUGGACUUCACACACUCUGUCUGCUGGAUAUCAAAGUGAAAGAGCAGAGUGUUGAGAACAUGAUGAGAGGAAAGAAGAUCUACGAGGCUCCUCGCUUCAUGACGGUGGCUCAGGCCACAAAUCAGCUGAUCCAGAUUAUCGAGAGGAGGAGGGUGGAGGGGGAGGAGAUCGGUGUGACUGAGGACACUGUGUGUGUGGGCGUCGCCCGACUUGGUGCCGAUGACCAGGUAAUCCGUGUGGCAACGUUGCGUCAGCUGGUGUCAUGUGACCUCGGUGCUCCACUCCACUCGCUGAUUGUCACAGGUCGACUCCACCCGCUGGAGGUGGACAUGCUGCGAGUUAACGCGGAACCAAACGCACUGCAGCACCUGCGCAUGAUUGACAGUUCCACGUACACCUCAUAACACACACUCACGUUUGUCGGUAGCACAAUCAGAGGACCCUCAGUUCUAAACUGUUUUGCCAGGACGCACACGGAACUCUGGUGUUUAUCUGUCCUGAUUCAAACUGUCGUGAUAAAAAUGUGUUGAUUCCUUUGAACUUGAUUAAAUUGAGACGUAAACGUUAAAAA